AUGGAUUCAUUCGGCGGCGUAUACUUCACCGACGAGAAAGCAGCCAAGGUCGAGAAUAUCUUCUUGGAGUUCCUUAAGAGCUUUAGAUUAGAUGCGAAUUCUAGAGAACCUUUCUACGAAUCGGAAAUCGAAGCAAUGAGACCGAAUGAGUCUAACACCAUGUUUAUCGAUUUCUCUCAUGUUAUGCGGUUCAACGAUGUUCUGCAGAAAGCCAUUUCUGAUGAAUAUCUGAGGUUUGAGUCGUACCUGAAGAACGCCUGUAAGCGAUUCGUGAUGGGACAGAAACCUACUUUCAUAACUGACGACAACCCUAAUAAGGAUAUAAAUAUCGCAUUUUACAACCUACCUAUCAUAAAAAGAUUGAGGGAACUGAGCACAUCUGAGAUAGGUAGACUAGUAUCAGUAACAGGAGUGGUGACUCGUACAAGCGAAGUUAGGCCAGAACUCCUUCAGGGAACUUUCAAGUGCUUGGAGUGUGCAACUAUCAUUAAAAAUGUUGAGCAACAGUAUAAAUACACCGAGCCCAUGAUAUGCAUGAAUGCUAUGUGCUCAAGGAAAGGAAGAUGGACACUUCUCCGGCAAGAAAGCAAAUUUGCAGAUUGGCAGAGAGUCAGGAUGCAAGAAACAUCAAAGGAAAUACCUGCAGGAUCUCUUCCUAGAUCAUUAGAUGUCAUUCUUCGCCAUGACAUUGUUGAACAGGCUAGGGCCGGUGACACGGUUAUCUUUACAGGCACUGUGGUUGUCAUACCGGACAUUUUGGCAUUGGCAUCUCCGGGGGAGAGAGCUGAAUGCCGUAGAGAAGGUGGUCAACGUAAUGGCAGUGGCACUGCCCAAGAAGGUGUUAAAGGUCUUCGGGCAUUGGGAGUUAGAGACCUUUCUUAUCGCCUUGCCUUUAUUGCCAAUUCAGUACAGAUUUGUGAUGGCAGAAGGGACUCUGACAUACGAAAUAGGAAGAGGGAUGCUGAGGAUGAUGACAAUCCACAGUUCUCGUCAGAGGAGUUGGCCGAGGUUAAACAAAUGAGAAAUACACCCGACUUCUUCAACAAGCUUGUUGACAGUAUUUGUCCUACUGUUUUUGGUCAUCAAGACAUCAAACGAGCAAUCCUGCUUAUGCUUUUGGGUGGAGUCCAUAAGUUUACUCAUGAAGGAAUCAAUCUUCGUGGAGACAUCAAUGUUUGCAUUGUUGGGGAUCCCAGUUGUGCUAAAUCUCAAUUUCUCAAGUACACAACAGGCUUAGUUCCAAGAUCUGUUUACACAUCCGGGAAAUCUUCAUCUGCUGCUGGAUUGACGGCCACUGUUGCAAAAGAACCAGAAACUGGAGAGUUUUGUAUUGAGGCUGGUGCACUAAUGCUUGCAGACAAUGGCAUAUGUUGUAUUGAUGAAUUUGACAAAAUGGAUGUAAGAGAUCAGGUUGCAAUACAUGAAGCCAUGGAACAACAAACAAUUAGUAUAACAAAAGCAGGAAUACAAGCAACAUUGAAUGCAAGAACAUCAAUUUUGGCUGCUGCCAAUCCAACUGGAGGCCGUUAUGAUAAGUCUAAACCAUUGAAGUACAACGUUGCUCUUCCUCCAGCCAUCCUUUCAAGGUUUGACUUGGUAUAUGUGAUGAUUGAUGACCCUGAUGAUACCACGGAUUACCAUAUUGCCUCUCACAUUGUGAGGGUGCAUCAGAAACGCGAAGAGGCAGUUGCGCCCACAUUCAGCACUGCACAAUUGAAGCGUUACAUUGCAAUUGCCAAAUCUAAAAAGCCAAAGCUAACUGCAGAGGCGAGACAAAUAUUGGUGGAUUCUUAUGUUGCUCUGCGUAGAGGUGAUACAGCUCCAGGUAGUAGAGUGGCAUAUCGCAUGACAGUGAGGCAGUUGGAGGCACUAAUCCGACUGUCAGAGGCAAUUGCCCGAUGUCAUCUGGAUGAUGAGGUUCACCCAAGACAUGUUCGUGUAGCAACAAGACUCCUAAAAACUUCAGUAAUCAGUGUGGAGUCGACUGAGAUUGAUUUGACUGAAUUUCAAGAAGAGAAUCAAGAAGAUGGUGAGAUAGGUGGAAAUGGGGAAGCUCAGCCAAGUGGUGCAGCAGAUGCAGAUGCAGACGUAAAUAAUGGGGGGAAUCCAGAAAAUGGUGAUGGAGGAGGGAAGAAACUUGUGAUAACAGACGAGUACUUUCAGCGGGUGACUCAGGCGCUUGUGAUGCGUCUUAGACAGCAUGAGGAAAGUGUUGCACGAGAAGGGAGUGGACUGGCUGGAAUGAGGCAAAGGGAUUUGAUACAGUGGUACGUGGGUCAGCAGAAUGAGAAGAACAACUACAACUCAAUGGAAGAGGCAAAGGCUGAAGUGACCAAGAUCAAAGCCAUCAUAGAGAGUUUGGUAAGAAGGGAGGGGCAUUUAAUCGUAGUGGACGAAGAGGAGGCAGGAGCAGCAGCAGCAGAUGGGGAUGAUGGAAAUGGGAGACGAUCUUCUCGAAACAACAGGAUUCUUGCAGUGGCACCUAACUAUGUUAUUGAAUAAGGCAUCUGAAUCUGAAUCUGAAUUUGAAUUUGAAUUGGAAUAGUAGUUGGGUCCAUUGUAAAGUUUGUGUUGCUGCUGUUACUACUACUAACUACCGAGGAGAGGAGAGGAGAGGAGAGGAGAGGAGUUGUAACUUUGAAUUUUC